AUGGAGAGGCUGCAGGGGACACAGGAGGCCAGAGGGCGUCUCACCCAGGAGGACCCUCCACCCUCAGCCCCAAAGCGGAUCCUGUCUCAAGUCAGCACUUCCCUCAUGCUGCUAGAGCUGUGGAGGCCAAGGUCUUGGCCUGUUCGUGAACGAAGUGUGCAGAGCAAGGCUCUGCCCCUCCUGCACAGCCGCCCUGGCUCCAGGCUCAUUGUGUCCCACACGCACUGCCCGGCCGUGGCUGAGGCCAGCUCAGGCCUGUCCACGCUGAAGGAUGGUCGCUCUGCACUCCCAGCCCAGGGGCCCCAGUGCCUGUCGCUCCGUCUGCUGGAGGUUCAGAGACCAUGGGAUGGAGGCCCCGUGAGGGCAUCUCACAAAACAAGUGGUCCUCAUGUAAAACCCCGCCAGAGCACAGGCAGGGACAGAACGCGCCUGAGGGGCCGAUUCUGCUCGGAGGCCCCAGGCAUCACACUGGCUUCCUCCCUGCCAGGGGUCGAGCUGUGCGCUGUGGCUCCCUCGGUCCUCCGGCGGCCCGGGGGUGCUGGUGCCCCCGCUAGCCGAGGAGAACCCGGGGCUCGGACACGCCAUGCGCCCAGGUCACCCCACGAGUGGCGCCGCUCUUGUCGGUCCAGCGAAACUGGAGCGUCGGACCGUAAAGCCUUUGCUGGUCCUGAGGAAACAGAAAAGUUUGGAGGGACCCGGGAAGGAGCUGGCGCGUCUACGGGCCCCACGGUCCUCAGGGGCCACAACCGUAUCCGCGGCCGCAGCCUGGCACCUCCCCGCACGGAAACCGGAAGCGUCGUGCCGGGCCGCUAA